ACUAACCCCCUGUAGAACGCAACAUAAUAGAACACGUGGGUGAGGGCAGCCGGGCACUCAGUCCUGAGAAUAUCCGAAAAUCUAAAAACAACAGUAAAUCACCGAGUAUAAACCAUUAAGGUGUAAAAUACCACUGGGAUUGGAUCACCGCAGAAGAAUGGCUGACCCAGUUAUAUAUUAGAGCACUCAUAUAGACGCAGCUAUUUUGCCACUGUGAGUUUUUCCAGACGCACUUAUUUGCGCCAUGGCGCACAACACUAGCGGCUUUUCCGAUGGAGAAAGUGUGGAUAUUGAUGACUCGAGUUCUCUAAAGGGUUUAGAAGAGGUUGGUGAGGAUUUCGGUUUUGGAGAUGAUCUGGAGUUGAACCAGUUUGAUGGCCUUCCCUUCUCCUCCCGGUAUUAUAAUCUUCUGAAGGAGAGACACCAGCUCCCAAUCUGGGAAUCAAAACAGGAGUUUCUAAAUGUUUUGGAAACCAGUCAGGUCGUCAUUAUCUCGGGUACAACAAAAAGUGGGAAGAGUACACAGGUUCCACAGUGGUGUGCAGAGUUCUGUCUGUCAGCGCAGUACCAGCAUGGAGUUGUGGUGUGUAGUCAGAUUCAGAGACAGCAGGCUAUUGAUUUGGCCCUGCACGUAUCUGAUGAGAUGGAUGUCAAUAUUGGUCAUGAGGUAGGCUACAGCAUUCCACUGGAGAACUGCUGCUUCUCUGACACUAUUCUCAGGUACUGCACCGAUGAUGUGCUGCUGAGGGAGCUGAUGUCCGACCCAUUUCUGGAGCAUUACGGUGUGGUUGUGAUCGAUCAGGCCCACGAGCGCACCGUGAGCACUGACCUUUUAAUGGCCCUGCUUCGGGAGGUGCUCCUGCAGCGGUCAGAGCUUCGGGUAGUGUUGCUGUCCGUCAUGCCAGCCUCACACAUGCUCCUUGCACACUUUAGCGGUGCAGCUCACCUGCAAGUGGACGCACCGUGCUCAGCUGAAGUUCUCCACAGCAGCCGAGGCAGUACAGAAAGCUUCAGUGCAGCACUGAGACUUGUCCUGGAGGUGCACAGGACCAAAGAGCCCGGGGAUGUAGCUGUGUUCCUCGCCUCAGAGCAGGAGGUCAGCUGUGCCUGUAGUCUUCUGGCUAAAAAAGCAUCCAGGUUAAGCAGUAAUCUUGGAGAGCUGGUGCCAGUGGCAGUGUGCUCAGGCCAUGCUGGAAUCUGCCCACCUAUUACACAGCACCCCCAGAGAGGCAGGAAGGUCUUUUUGUCCUGCAGUAAAUCCGAAGACAUGUUUUGGUCAGUGGAUACUGUCAGUUUUGUGAUUGACACUGGAGUUGAGAAGAGAUUUGUAUAUAACCCACGGCUAAGAGCUAGCUCUGAGGUGAUCAGACCCAUCAGUAGAUGUCGGGCAGAGAUUCGUAAACAGCUGGCUGGAUCAGCAGGGAAGUGUUUCCGCCUUUACCCCGAGGAGACAGAACUCUGUGCCGAAAUUCCUGCUCAGAUCCUAGAAGCAAACAUCACCUCGGCUGUGCUCUUCCUCAAGAGGAUGGAGGUAGCUGGAAUCAGACACUGCGACUUCAUCAGCAGGCCGGAUCCUGAAGGAUUUAUGCAAGCUUUAGAAGAGCUGGAUUAUCUUGCAGCUUUGGAUGACGAUGGAAACCUUUCUGAGAUUGGGAUCAUAAUGUCUGAGUUCCCCUUAGACCCUCAGAUGUCUAAAGCAUUGUUAGCGUCGUGCGAGUUUGAUUGUGCCAGUGAGGUGCUGACUAUUGCAGCCAUGUUAUCAGCUCCAAGCUGCUUCCUAGAGCCCCCUGCUGGCAAGGAAACAGAAGCGAUGCUGUGUCACAUGAAGUUGUAUCAUCCAGAAGGAGACCACUUUACCCUGAUCAACAUCUAUAACACUUAUAAAUGCAGCCAGAGAGAGCCAUAUUUUACACAGGGCAAGUGGUGUCAGGAUUACUUCUUGUGCUGUGCAGCUCUCCAGACUGCAGACAGCAUAAGGGCCGAGCUGACUGACAUACUGAAGAGGCUGGAGCUCCCGAUCUCCGAGUCAGCCUUCGGCACCAAAACAAACACACUUAAUGUCAAGCGAGCUCUACUGGCUGGGUUCUUCAUGCAGGUUGCUCGUGAUGUGGACGGCUCUGGAAACUAUUUUAUGCUGAGCAAUAAGCACGUAGCACAUCUUCACCAUCUUUCAGCUUAUGGGGCCAAAGCGCACAAACUCGGCCUGCCUGAGUGGGUGCUGUUUCACGAGUUCACACUCUCCAACAGCAACUGCAUCCAAACAGUCACACAAAUCUCACCCAAAGCGUUCAUCCAAAUGGCACCACAGUAUUUCUUCUACAACCUGCCCUCUAGUGAGUGUAAGGAGCUCUUGGAGCAUAUUUUGGAUACUGAGGUGGCUGAAAUUCAUCCUGUUACUACAGACACACCAAAAGCACAGGAGUCCCAGUCUUAUGACAGAUGUGUGAUACAGUAAUGUGAAUGCUGUAGUUUGAGACCGUUGUCUUUCUCAGGAUAAAAAUAAGAUGCAAAAUGCUAAAAGAUCUUCUAAUGAUAGGCCUCACAAACUUGUACAGAUGUAAUGUAAAUAAAAAAAAAAAUUCACAUCUAUAGGUAAGAUUAAAAAAGCUCCUGACUACUGUGAUUUUUGUUGUUAAUUUUAAAUGAUUUCAGGCCAAUUAUCCACAGUGUAACUGGUAAGUCGCAAAUGUAUUUUCAUGUCUAUUUCUGUGUAUUCUCUAUAUUUGUAUCUCCCUGUGUCUUUGUCUGUCUUUAGUUCUUUUCCUUUCCAUCCAUCCAAUCAGCCAGCCAUCUCUCCAUCCUGCUAACAAUCUGUUCAUGUGUAUCUGUUUUUCUGUCUUUCUCAAUCUGUUUAGCUUGUGCAUCCAUCAGUCUAUCUCCCUCUGUCCAAUUAUCUUUUAAAGGGAAGUGGUAGCUAAGUCGAAAAAAAAUUGGACUUCUGAUCAGACAGUCAUAGUUUUAGCACUGCCAAACUGCCACAGCUGGGCCCUUGAGCAUGGCCCCUAACUCUCAAUUGUUUAGCUGUAUCACUGAGAUCAUUGUGAAUCGC